AUGGGCCAAUAUCUGUUUAACCACUUGAUAGCUGUGAACACUGUUAAUGAAAUUAAUGAUUUCCUGUUUAAAUUCUUGGUCAUAGGAAAUGCUGGAACUGGAAAAUCCUGUUUACUACACCAAUUUAUUGAAAAGAAAUUCAAGGAUGACUCAAAUCAUACUAUAGGAGUGGAAUUUGGUUCGAAGAUCAUAAAUGUUGGUGGUAAAUAUGUAAAACUGCAGAUAUGGGAUACAGCAGGACAAGAAAGAUUCAGGUCUGUAACAAGGAGUUACUAUAGAGGAGCUGCAGGUGCUUUGCUUGUCUAUGAUAUAACCAGCCGGGAAACGUACAAUGCCCUUACUAAUUGGUUGACGGAUGCAAGAAUGUUAGCAAGUCAGAAUAUUGUGAUAAUACUGUGUGGAAACAAAAAGGAUCUUGAUGCAGAUCGUGAAGUUACCUUUUUAGAAGCAUCCCGGUUUGCACAAGAAAAUGGAAGUAGUACAAAAUCUUCGUGUAGCAUUCAAAGAUUCAUAAUACUUAAAAUU